AUGACUGCCGAGGUGGCCGGAACCUGCUCCCCUCCGAGCCGCCGGCCCACCUCUUGUAAAGAGACCUACUCGAGAGAGGCUCAAAGGCUUAAGGCAAAACAGCUACUUUCAACCAACAUCUCAUUCUCUGCCAAGCACUCUCACCUCUGUUACCACAACUUCAACCAAUCCGUGCAAGGAGGGCAGUCAGUGACCCACACCGGCCUCCCCAUUGUGGUAUCUCUGGCCAACAAGGCCGUUUCCUUCAGCUGCAGGAUUACCUACCCAUACACCCCCGAGUUCAAAGACUUCACAGUCAGCUACUUUCAUGUGGACCUCCAGGGCCAGAGGAGCUCUGAGGAGAAGACCAGCUGCAAAUCUGGUCCAGGCACAGAGAACCAGACCCACACUGAAGAGUGUCAGAUCACCCCCAAGCUACCUGACGCAUCUGCCACUGGCACCUACUACUGCUCCGUCCACUGGCCGCACUCCAGGGUGAUAGGCAACGGCACUUUCAUCCUGGUCAGAGACACAGGGUACCGAGAGCCCCCGCAGGGCCCCCAGAAGCUCCUGCUUUUUUGCUUCAUCGGCAUCUUGACUGUCCUGAGCAUCCUGGCCACGGCCCUGCUGCUCUGGAAGAAGAGACAGAUGCAGGCUCCACGGAAGCACACUGCCCAGAAGUGCCCGGGCCCCAGCGCUGCCAGCAGCCGGGAGCAGCCUCCACCCGAAUCCAUCUACACAGACCUGCAGCGCCGAGAGACCGAGGUCUAUGACCGCAUCCAGAGUGAGGCCAGCAGCCCGCCCUCCACCCAGGACCUGCUCUCCCAGCCCAGCCACACCCACCGAGUGUGCCACAUCUCCGGACCUUUGCCCAAGCUGUUCCCUCUGCCAGAAAGGACCCCAAGGUUGUUUCCCAUCAGCCUGGCCCCCUACACUCUGUGUGCCAACUGCUUCCUCACCGCGCCCUGCUCACCACCACCUCAAACCUUCCCCAGCCUCAGGGCCUCGCUGUCCCUCGUCUACUCUACAGCCCAGUUCCCCAGAGCGCCUCCACCUGGCCUAUCUUGA